AUGAACGACCGAUGUUCCAAGGACCACCGGCUGGCUUGUGAACUUAUGGAAUGGGAGAAGGAUGCAUAUGAUGGUGCCCCAACCUCAGCUCACGCGCCAUGCUAUGCACCUCAGCCUGAUGCCACCCCUUGUCGUUUGGUGCAUCAAUUCCCAGACUUGGAUGCCUUGGAUACUCCACCUGCAAUUCCAAACCCUUUGAAAAAAACCCAGCUGGCGGCUGCAAAGCGUUUGGAAACGGAAAUGAAGGCCGCUGGAAACAAGCCAAAGAAGACAAAGAAGACGGAGAAAAAAACUAAGAAGAAUGCAGCAGCCAAAGCCAAGAAAGAUAAGAAAGAGAAACAGGAGAAGAAACCCAGAAAGCCGAACCAGGGGCCUUUGACCGAAGUCAUGAAGGAGUACAUCAAGGGUCGACGUCAGGCUGAUGGCUUGUCAUACAGGGAUGCCUUGAAAGCAUGGGGUACGUCAAGUGAGCGUGCUGAAAUCGUGAACACCAUGUCCUACUCUGAGCAAAAGCGCCGUAGGUCCGAAAGGUCUUGUGAGGCCAAUGAGGUUGCAAAGCAACAAGCGCAGCUGUCAGAACAACAAUCGAAGUGGCACAAAAAUCAUGCUUCAGAGACCAGUACCCAUUUGCAGGAGGACUGUGCUGGAGUUGGCAAUAUUGCCUGUACGCACUCUCCGAAAGGGGUGUCUUUGGUGGGUGGCACCACCAUGUUCCACAUGGAUUUAUCUAGCUCGUGGCAGUACCGGUCGUACCUUUACAAGGCCAAGAGGUGCGAAUAUUGCCACAAAAAAGGCAAUGCUGAAGCGACACGGAUGCAGAGCUAUCAGCGUUCCACUGGGAAGAGAGUCACCUUGUACACCACAGCUCCGGAGCGCUUGGCUCGCCUCAAAUCUACGUUGAACCUGAAGUUGGUUCGCCACUACCGAGACAAACGAGGUCAGAAAAAAAUCAAAGGUGGCCCUCACCUUACCCAAUCGGGAAUGUACCCCAUCAACCUGGGACUGAAGGAGUCCCAAGUGGAUAUCGAUGCCGCCAAGCUGCAUUUGAUCAGCCACCAGGCUGAAAACGAGGAUGAAGGCAGCUACGUCACACCCGACAGACCCACAACGAGAAGAUGUCGGUCCAAGACCCCGGAAAGUAAAGCUGUUGAAACCCAAAAGGGGAAAGGCAAAGGAAAAAGUAAGGCUCUUCUGGCACUCAUGUCUUUGAAAGGGGCUUUAGCACAGGCCAAAGGUCAUGGUCGUGGUGCUGGCAAGCAAGUUCCAGCCCCGUCUGAAGAGAGUCCAGGCGACGUCGCAGAACCCAAAAAGAAGAAAGAGAAAAAAAACAAGAAGUCUGAGGGACAAGAGACAGAGACAGGUGACGUUGCAAAGGUUCCCAACAAGAGACCAUAUGAGGUAGAACGGGAUGAUGGGUCAACGCCAGAGGCCAAACACAAGAAGAAGAAACAACAGAAGGGUGUAGAACAGGGUGAUGAGUCGACGCCCCAGACCAAAGACAAGAAGAAGGAUUGCAUAGAGGCAGGUGAUGUUGCAAAGGUUCCCAAGAAGAAACAACCAAAGGAUGUAGAACAGGAUGAUGAGUCGACGCCACAGACCACACACAAGAAGAAGAAGAAACAACCAAAGGAUGUAGAACAGGAUGAUGAGUCGACGCCACAGACCACACACAAGAAGAAGAAGAAACAACCAAAGGAUGUAGAACAGGAUGAUGAGUCGACGCCACAGACCAAGGAUGGCACGGAGACAGGUGAUGUUGCAAAGGUUCCCAAGAAGAAGCAACGCCAGCGAGAUGAUGAGUCGACCAACCAUGUGAAGACGGAUGAUGAUGCAAAGGAGGGCACUCCCCUGGAGAAGUGUAGUGAAAAAAAGAAGAAGAGAAAGGCCAAAAGCUCAGACCAGUUGGUUCCAGAAGAGAUCGAGAAGACAGCCAGUGCUGACUCAUCCACCUCAGAUCCCAAGCCAAAGAAACCCAAGACCCGAGUGGAGACACCUGCCCAUGACACAGUUGAAGAUGGAGACGCAGAGACUUUGCACGAUCCAGAGUCACCAUCUCAAAGGCGAAGGUUGAAAGCUGCAAAGCCAACCGCAGAGGCGUGUUGCACCACAAACGCUUUGACUCAGUCAAAACUGGAAGACUUGAAACAUGUCAUCAGGACUCCAAGGCAGUAUCCACCAACAAGCACUGGACCCAAACUGACAGCAAAGAAACAACUUGGCAUUAGCCAUUUUGCAGCCAAACAGGAAGUUGAGGAAAAGACAAAGACGAAGAAGGCUUCCAAGGAGGCUACUGAGGACAAGCCUGCAGGCUUGCAUGGUUUUACUUUCCAACUCAUGAUGGCGUGGUCAAGGGCCUUGCUGUCCGUGACGGCAAUGGACGUUUGCGCAGAGCCAGUGAAGCAUCUGUCUGAUGAACAGAAAGAGGUGAUAUCAGGUCUUGCAGCACCUAGCCAGCUCGAUGUCAAGGCGGAGUGUGCAGAUCGAGGGCUCGGUCGCAUCGAGAUUCAGCUGAAUCGGGUUUGCGUGAAAAACCGGGUGAAGCAGGAUGACAUUUAUGUUGAGUUGCCGCUCUUCGAGCUGGAAAUCCGAUAUGGGGGCACUGAAGCUGGGAGGCGCGGCCAUGAGAAUGUGGCAAAGACGAAGAUGUCGAAGGUGGCAGAAGUUGAGCUCAAUCCACCUGCCAACGCAGAUGGGGAUGGUUCCGAACAAUCAGGAUCACCUGCAAAGCCUGACCCAAAGGAGGAGGUCGUGGCCAGGGCCAAAGGCAGACCCCUGCUGCUGAGGGUCAAAUCUUUGGCAAACAAAGUUCGCGAUGCCAGCCAGUUGGAGAACAAAUUUGCUAAAGGAUCCAGUGCCCAUACUGUGUUGGAGACCUACCGUCUGAAGCGGCCUGAGAUUGAGAAAUACGAAGAUGCCAUCGAAUCUGCGAAGUCUGCUGCAAAUGCUUUGAAGCGCCGUUUGAACCUUGGAUUUGGUCGCCGUUUCUUGUGUAUCUUGAUGCGCAUCAAUGGCAAAGAGCCAUCGAUUCUGAAGCUCGGGGAGAAAUUUGAGAGUGCUGCAGGUUGGGCAUCUGAACGCGUUUUCAGUUCAUGGGUGGCCGAGCAAGAAUGGCGGCAGUGCUUGCCACCAAUUUUCGAAAUUUCAGUUGAAAGAGCCAAUAUGCUAGAGCAUUCAAAGCUGAAGACAAUCAAGCUGGGGAUCUUUCUUCCUCAUGAGAUCGCGUCAGCAUUCUACCAUUUCCGAUCUGGGGAUCUAUUCUUCAGCCUCCUGACUGGCACGCCUGAUGUGGCUCAGCUGUUCAAGAGCUUUGCCCGUAGUGAGCCAGCCAAGGACAUUUCGAACUACUGGAACAACAACACGGAUCUGGCCGAGGAGUUGAGAUGCUAUUGGGGUGAGUCGGAUGAUGCCCCUAUGGAUCAGGUGUUCCCCAUCAGGGUUUACGGUGAUGGGGCUGACACUAUUGGACUCAACGCAUUUGAACUGCUGACUAUGAUAGCUGUAGCGCCGCAGCAUUCCUUCACUAUGAAAACUCGCUCGCCGCGUUUUGUUUCUGUCCAAAAAUGUUUCCAGAGAACAAAUCCGAAUGGAGACAAUUCAUUUGGCCAUGGCAAGGCUGUCUCUCAGAAACACCCAGUAUACUUCAGAACGUGA